AUGGAUACCCCAUUAGGGCGAUUACGAGAAAUGUUCGCAGGGCGCGAUGCUGAGAGCAUAGCACGAGCCUUACUACGAGCACAAGGAGACGUCGAGGCAGCUACCGAUAUGAUUCUUGCUGAAAUGGACGAAGAGGAAUCAGUGCGAUUACUCGAGCAACAGCAACAGGAAGUAGAACAACGACAACGACAACGACGACAGCAGCAACACCAUGACCGGAUUCCCGCUCCCCUUGUCCUCAAACCGGGUGCUCAAGCGGCGAACCCCCCUAUAUUACAUCAUGAUGAUGAUGUAGUAUACAACGAUUGGGUCGACGAUGACGAUACUGAUGGAGAAGAUGUGCCUGAUAUGCCCAUUGAGCAGCACCGCCGUCACCAGCCCCAACUACAACAUCAACCUGAGGAGAAUCCUCUGCCACUCAACCAUCAAGUCGAUGAGUAUCUAGCUGGUGUGCUCACAAUAUUUCCCGACGCAUGCCCGGAACAUAUACAUAAGCUCUAUAAAGAGAACGUCGCUUUACAGGGCCCAAGAAUUACGGAUUUUAUAGCAAAUAAGUUAGCCGAAGACGGAUAUCCGCGUAUUGAGCAGGAGCCAAAGCCGGGGCUUAAAAGGAAACGCUCAGUAGCAGAGGAGGAGAUUGAGAAAAACUACGAAGCUGAAGAUAGAGAGAGAGAGACAAACGAGUACUCAGAUUUGGUUAGGCUACUAUUAAGGCAGGAGUUUCCCACGAUGCCAGUUGCGUAUAUCAAUAAAAUCGUCACCCAGAAGCGUAAUUUUUUGGCGGCGGCUUAUGCGGCGUUGUUGGAAACUGAGCGCACAUACGAUUCAACCAAUCCAAAACCUUAUAAGAAGUUGAACCAGCCUAGAAAAGUGGAUAACUUGGAUGGGCGGGAGAAGAUGGGGAAAAUGUGGACAAAGGUCACGGAUGAGUUAGAGUGGUCGAGGGACAAAGCUAGACAAGCGAAGCUAAAGAAGCAGACGGAGAACGACGCGAAAAUUGCUGCCGAGAUGAAUGAGAAAGAAUAUGAAGCAAAUAAUAUGCUCAUGGAGUGUGCCUGUUGCUUUGGGGAUUACCCUUUUGACAGAAUGACGCACUGCAAUGAAUUGCACUUCUUCUGUCUGGACUGCGCCAGAAAAAAUGCCGAGAACGAGAUUGGGAAUGGGCGAUAUAAGCUAUUGUGUAUGGACGGUUCCGGUUGUAAGACUGAGUUUUCGAGGUCGGAGAUAUUACGGUUCCUCGACGAGAAGACUUUAGAGGCGUUGGCUAAGAUUGAGCAAGAAGACGCAUUGAGGAUUGCUGAGAUUGAUGGAUUUGUUUCCUGUCCAUUUUGCGAUUGGGGAGCAAUUUGUGCGCCAGCGGAGGUUGAUAGGGUGUUCACGUGUCAGAAAGAAGGAUGCGAGAAGAGCAGCUGUAGAUUUUGCAAGCAAAUCUCCCACAUACCGAAAACGUGUGAGGAGUUCGCAAAGGAAAAUAAGCUUUCUGUCAGACACACCGUUGAAGAGGCAAUGACCGAGGCGAUGGUCAGAAAGUGCAACAAAUGCUCUUAUCCAUACAUCAAAGAGUACGGAUGCAACAAAAUCCAUUGCAACCGCUGCAACACCUUACAGUGCUACAUCUGCUCUGAGACCAUCAAAAACUAUGAUCACUUCAACGAUCCGGCUCGUGGUGGAAAGCCUGGCAACUGUCCUCUUUUUGACAAUACCGACCAGCGUCACGAGCAAGAAGUCCAGGCAGCCGCCAAAAAAGCGGUCGAAAAGCUCAAAGAAACCGAUCCUGAUCUCAAUGAAGAAGAUCUCCAGAUAGAAGUAUCGGAUUCCGUAAAGAAGGCUGAACAAGCUCGGGUUGCCCAGUUUCAGGCCGCAAACCCUGGUGUUGCAUACCGGCAACCUGCGCAGCCUGCACGACCUGCACAAGCAGCCGGCCUUGCUGCCUACGUUCCAGAUGUAGCUCAUCGCCGAGGCCCACUGGCUCAAAGGAUCCGAGAACAUAUGCGUAACGGACUUGGUGUAGCGGCACACCAGGCUCAACAGGUACUUUUGGCCCAGCAACAGGUGUUACAAGCCCAGCAGCAGCAGCAGCAGCAGCAAGCCCAGCAGCAAGCCCAGCAGCAAGCCCAGCAGCAACAGGCACUACAAGUCCAGCAGCAACAGGCACUACAAGUCCAGCAGCAACAAGCAUUACAAGCCCAACAGGGGCCUCAAGCUCAGCAAUUACUACUACAGCGAGCCCAGCAUGCCCAACUAGCGGCACGUGCUGCGGCCGGGGCUAUUCCACCUGCGAACCAGAAUCCCGUGGCUUAUUACGACCCUCACAUCUACGGCCAGGCACAGCCGCAAGCGCAAUAUCGCGGGUUUCCGAAACCAGAUCUUCUACAACAGCAACAAGUGCAGCAACAAGCGCAGGAACGAGCGCAGCAAUUAGAAGCACAACAACAACAAGCCCAAUACCGCAGUGUACUUCAUCGACGGCCUCAGGCCCCGAAUCCGGCCGCGGCGGCGGCCAUAAUAGGGAUGGGUGGAAGGUUGAAUCGGGCUGAUCAAUAUAUGCAAUAUGCGAUUAAUGCACCACAGGCAGUAAAUGGACAGGCAGUUAAUGGGCGGGGUGCACGGCCGCCGAGGAGAUGA